AUGGACAAUCAUCAACAACAACAACAACAACAACAACAACAUUAUUAUAUAAAUAAUAAUAAUAAUAAUGGUAAUAAUGAUCCAACAUUGCCACCACCACUUUUACCAGUUGGUGUUGUAGGUUCAUAUCAUCAUCAACCACUUCAUCAUCAUCAACAUCAACAUCAACAUCAACAACAGUUGCAUUCGCAUCCUUAUCCACAAUCGCAUCCACACCAUCUUUCCAAUGCUACCAAUAUUCAACACGCCCAUUUCACUAGCGAUGGUCAAUUGGAUACGACCAACGUCGUCAAAAGACACUCCAUCUCAACCUCGUCUCAUAACCUACCAUUCCCACUCGGUGAUUCGUACGGUACGAAUCAUAAUCAAUAUUAUAACAAUAACAAUAGCAAUAACAACAGUAACAACAACUAUGGUGGCCAAAUGGUAGGUCGUAAUGGCAAUGGUUCUGAUGCAAGCGUAUUGAUGACGACUACGACGAAUAAUGCGAAACCACAAUAUCAUCAACAUCAUCAUCAACAACAACAACAACGUCAAACGAUCCAAUCUCAACAACAACAAAAUGAUGAUGAGUUUAUGGAAAAUGAUGAUAGUGAUGAGUUUAUUGAUGAUGAAUUCCUGUCCAAUGAAAAUGAUGAUACUCAAGCACGUAACCCAUCUCCUCCUAUUGGUUACUCUGUUGUGAACCAUCAUCAACAACAACAACAAAUGCAUUCUCCACAACAAAUGCAUUCACCACCUCAACAACAUCAACAACAAGUACAUUUACAACAACAACAAACGAUUCAUCCAACUUAUCACAUACCAUAUUAUCAUCCCAUGUCACCAAUUGUUUAUGUACCGACGGGACAACCUAUUGGAUCUCCUCCAGUUCCAUCACACGUUCCGGUUUCCGUCCCAGUUGGUAUUCCAGUUGGCCAUCAUCAUCAUGAGAAUCCCGCAUCGCCACCCCCACCAACAACCGCCGUUUAUUACCUUAGCACUUCACCACCAACACACCAACUACGUCCGCCACAACAUCAACAACAACAACAACAUAUUCAACCUCAACCACAACAACAACAACAAUUCAUUACGCCAACAUCAGUCAUUUCAUCACCACCUCCUCCACCACUAGUUUAUUCAAAUAGUCCUCAACAACCCCAACAACCAUUUUUUGGGUCACCUCCAUCUACGCCUUCCACACCAUCACCUCCCUUUAUAUCUGAUGAUCCUUUGGUUGCAAGUAAUAGUAAUAGUAAUAGUACAACAACACCAACAACUACUACAACUACAACCACAAACCAACAACAACCUCCACCACCACCAAUCCCAACAGUAUUGGCAAAGAAAAGAAUGAGAUCAUCGGUCGACUCUGAUCCCAAAUUACCUCCGCCACUUGGAUCCCCACGUGGAGUAACUAAUAAUGCCAAUGAUAUGAAUGUACAAUCCAUUAGACACUAUAUUGGCGAGAUCUCUAAACGUCUUGGUGUCAAAGACAAGGACAAGUCAACUUUAUCGACUUUAUCAACAUCAUUGGCAACACCAAAUCAACUUGGUUUAUUUGUACCAAUGUUGGAAUCACAAAAGAAUAUCUAUCGUAAUUUAUUAAAGAACAAUAUUCCAAAUGCUCUAGACCCAAAGAAAUCUGAAAAGGAACAGUCCAUCCUCCUUUCAGAAUUACAAUUAUCUUUAAUGAAAUGUUGUAAUCUUUAUGAAUCCAAUAAUAAUAAUACCAACACCAAUAAUACCAACAAUAACAAUAAUAAUAAUAAUAAUAAUAGCAAGAUUGAUCAAUCAUCUGGAAAAUUAUUAAUGAUUGAAAGAAUUUUGGUAGAAUCUAAAAUAUUCUCAAGUAAUAUGAGAAUUAUUAUUUUAACUUCCUCAUUAUCAACUUUAUCUUUAUUAAAAGAUUUUCUUUUACAAAAGUCAAUUAAUUAUAUUGAUCAAGUUGAACAAUUAAAAACAAUGAUGCAAGAGAAAAAGAAAAAGGUGGCUACUAAAAAAAAUAAGUCAUCGUCAACGAUGGGACCGACCAUAAUUGUUUCAACCUAUGUCCAAAUGAAACAACAACAAUUGGUUGGUAUGGCAAGACUGGAUGAUAUAGUAAUUGAAUUUGACCGAUUUGUCAAGUUUAAUGAAGACGAUGACCAGCAGCAGCAGCAGCAGCAGACGGAAGAUGUAGAUAUCAACAUCCACGGCACACCAUUAUCGAUUGCACCCAUUGCCUAUCCAAACAGUAAUAUCAUUUCAUUGAUUACAUGUGAUACUACUGAAGAAUGGUCCUAUGCAUUUUUCAAAUCAACAUCAAAUAACAAGACAAAAAUUGAGAUUUUCAAAGAGAUGAUGAAGUUUUGUAUUUUAAAACUAAGUAGUAGCAGCGGUGGUGGUGGUAGUUCAUCAUCAUCGUCGUCGUCGCCAUCAACAUCAUCCAAUACAGUCCCAACACUGUCAAAGUCAAUUAGUGGUGGGUUCCCAGUUUCAGUUGGUAGUUCCAUCUCGACUCCCCAAUUGGUGUCUCCUCGACCAUGCAACAGUAUUGCGUCGUCACCAUCCUACUCGUACUCUUCGCCAUCUAUCUUUGCUCCCAUGUCAUCCCCGUCGUCGUCGAGUGCUCCCACCCCAGUCUCUCAAUCGCCCAUCACUUCGUCGCCAUCCACGUCGUCUCCAUCGCUCAGUCUAUCCGAUUCAUUCCUUCCAUCAUCCUACGACCCUUGGAAAUUCAAAUCCAGUGUAGUUCCAAUUAAUCUAACUAGUACCAGUACAACAUCCUCUAAUGAAAGUAGUGGUACUACUACUACUGCUACUACUCCUGCUUCCUCUACCACUUCUUCGUCAUCAUCCACUUCAUCAACAUCAGUUACACCAGAUAAAAAGAGAAAGUCGGCCAAGAGACACAAGAACCUGGUUGAUCGAACUUGUUUUACGUGCAAGGCUGAAGAAGAUGAAAAGGGUCGUACCAGCAUUGUCCAGUGUCGAUCGUGUCCCAAGAUAUACCAUCGAUCAUGUGCAGGACUGUCACAUACACCACGUAGUUGGAAGUGUCCGCGUCACUCUUGUUCCAAGUGUCGUAAACCAUCCAACGAGUCGGGUACCGGCAGUUUCUUUAUCUGUAAAGGUUGUCCUAGUAGUUUUUGCAUCAACUGUCUUCCAGAGGACAUUAUCAUCCUUGAAAAACAUGAAUAUAUGGAGAUUAGACCUUAUUCUCAACAAGCGGCGGCAGCAGCAGCAGCAGCGGCAGCGGCAUUAAAUGAAACAUCAACAAAUGAUAAUGAAAAUGAAGAUGACAACAAUGGAAAUACAACAACAACAACAACAAGUAUUGGUAAUAGUAAUUCAACCAGUCAAACCAAUAUUAUUACAAAGAAAUCAAAAGCAAAACCAACAGUUUAUAUUUUAUGUGAUAAAUGUAAACAUUCAGAUACUAAUACGACAACAACAACCAACAAUACGACAACAACGACAACAACAACGACAACAACCAACACGAAUUCAUCAUCCCCUCCAUUAUCAGAUGGAUCACAACAAUCUCCAUCUCUACGAAUUGAUGAAUGA